UUCUCGUUACGACCGGUAGUCGAGACAAGAAGGUUGAUAAAUCACAGGGCGGCUUUUUCUCAUAGCUGUAUGGUUUCCGUAUUGUGGCCUAUCGACGAUCCUGCUGAUUGUGAAAAUAUUACCGACACUCUAACGGAAAUCCUUUCAAAAUGCGACCAAAUCAGUGGAGACAAUUUCUGUGAGUCUUAUGACUCGGGACAAAAAUCUCCGAAGAUAUAGAACGAUGGGACCAUGUCUCUUCUAAACGUGAUCGUGAAGAAAGCACGGCUUAUAGGGACGGCAGAAAAAUUCAACACUUAUGUGACCCUGAAGUUACAAAAUGUGAAAUCUACAACCAUCCAGGUCAAGGGGAAUAAUCCAUGCUGGGAGCAAGACUUCAUGUUUGAAACAAUGCGUUUAGACACAGGUUUGGUGAUAGAGGUCUGGACCAAAGGAUGCUAUGGGACAAACUGCUUGGAGUCCAUUGGCUGCCCUUGAUGAAAAUCCAUCAUUCCAACCAGGAAGGAGAAGGAAAAUGGUACUCCUUGGACAGCGAGCUGGUCAUGCAGAAUGGAGAGGUGGUGGGCACGAGGAUACCAACAGGUCACAGCAUCUUACUCGAUGCCAGAUUUGAACUGCCCUAUGAUGUUGUUGCAGAUCUGCCUGAGUCUGAGGCUGCAGAACUACAGAACAAACUGGAGGUCCUUAACUCCAUUAUGGACCAAGAGAUUCUUACCAUCAAGGAACAGCAUCGAAGGCAGACAUACUCUCAGUCGGGCAUGUCCGAGGAUAGUGACUAUACCAGCGACAUCAAUUACCCGCUACAACAUCAACACAACACCUCAAUACACCAGCUUCCCUUCAGCGCUGUGUACCGCGGCAGGAGAGAGGACAGUCAGGAGUAUGGUGGCUCCUUUGAUCGCUCUUUCGACCGGUCGUUUGAUCGCUCGUUUGAUCGUUCGUUUGAUCGGGGAUCGGAGCGGGAGACAGAUUACUACCAGGAUGUCAGUCCAUACUAUCAAGGGAGAAGUGAUACAGACUCAGAGCCACUCUACUACAACAGUCGGCCGAACAGCCGGCCUACAUCUUUCAUCAAUGACAGCCCCCAUAACAGUCGCAUCUCCUCGUCCAACGUGAGCCGGCAGAGUACCCAGGAGUACAGCUGUAGUGACCCCAGUGUUAUGGAGCCAUACGACAUACAGACCAACCCAGACCUACCCUCUCCCGCCCGUGCACGCUGGAUAGAGGCCUUCAACAAAGUCUGCGCCCAGCUCAGCGAGGAUGGCUCGAUUAUGGAAAAUGGGGACGUUUUAGGAGAUUUACCUGAUGAUGGGUACAGGGACAAUAAAUACUCUUGGUCGUACCAUGCCAAUGGAGGACCUCCGGAACACAACCCUUUUUAUACCAGUAUAGACAGCAUGCCUGAGAUCAAACCAAGACGGAAGUCCAUUCCAUUGGUCAGUGACCUGGUAAAAAGUAUAAUAUUAUCAAGAAACGCGUGUGUGCCCUCAGCUAUGGUGGCGCGCCAGUCUUUGAAUGAUGAAGAAUUGAAGAUGCAUGUGUACAAGAAAACCCUUCAGGCCUUAAUAUACCCAAUCUCCAGUACAACACCUCACAACUUUGUCGUCUGGACAGCUACCUCACCCACAUACUGCUUUGAGUGUGAGGGGCUGCUGUGGGGCUUAGCACGGCAGGGGGUCCGCUGCACGGAGUGCGGGGUCAAAUGCCAUGAAAAGUGUAAAGAUUUGCUCAAUGCUGACUGUCUUCAGAGAGCUGCAGAGAAGUGUUCAAAACACGGAGCUGAAGACAAGACACAUAACAUCAUCAUGGCAAUGAAGGAUCGCAUGAAGAUACGGGAAAGAAAUAAACCAGAAAUAUUUGAGUUAAUUCGCCAAGUUUUUGGGGUAGACAAAAAAUCCCAUGGUGGCCAUAUGAAAGCUGUGAAACAGAGUGUCUUAGACGGCACGUCCAAAUGGUCAGCAAAAAUAGCCAUAACUGUUAUAUGUGCGCAGGGUUUGAUAGGCAAAGAUAAGACCGGUACGAGUGACCCUUAUGUCACUGUACAGGUGGGAAAAGUGAAGAAACGCACAAAAACUGUCCCUCAAGAUCUCAAUCCAGAAUGGAAUGAAAAAUUUUACUUCGAGUGUCAUAAUUCUUCAGAUAGAAUAAAAGUCAGAGUGUGGGAUGAAGAUAAUGAUUUGAAAUCAAAGUUACGACAAAAGUUAACCCGAGAGUCAGAUGACUUUCUAGGUCAGACGAUCAUUGAGGUGCGAACAUUGAGUGGGGAGAUGGAUGUCUGGUACAAUUUGGAGAAACGGACGGACAAAUCUGCUGUAUCUGGUGCUAUUAGAUUACAUAUUAGUGUGGAGAUAAAGGGUGAGGAAAAAGUGGCCCCUUAUCAUGUACAGUACACAUGUUUACAUGAGAACCUGUUCCAUUAUUUAGCAGAGCUGUCUGGAGGCACAGUCAAGUUACCGGAUGCUAAAGGAGAUGAAGCCUGGAAAGUCUAUUUUGAUGAGCCUUCACAAGAAAUUGUGGACGAGUUUGCCAUGCGAUAUGGGAUAGAAUCUAUUUAUCAAGCCAUGACUCACUUUUCAUGUCUCUCCACAAAGUACAUGUGUCCUGGAGUGCCUGCGGUGAUGAGUACAUUAUUAGCUAAUAUAAAUGCCUUCUAUGCACAUACGACUGCAACCACUGCCGUGUCAGCCAGUGAUCGGUUCUCCGCCUCAAACUUUGGGAAAGAGAAGUUUGUGAAGUUGCUGGAUCAGCUUCAUAACUCCUUACGAAUAGACCUGUCUUUGUAUCGGAACAACUUCCCAGCCUCCGAUCCAGCGCGGCUUCAAGACCUGAAGUCAACAGUGGACCUUCUCACUAGCAUAACCUUCUUUAGAAUGAAGGUACAGGAACUGACCAGUCCGCCGCGUGCUAGCACAGUGGUCAAGGACUGUGUGAUAGCCUGUAUGAAGUCCACUUACCAGUUUCUGUUUGACAACUGCGAUGAGAUGUAUCAGCGUGAGUACCAGACAGAUCCUUCAGAGUUGCCUAACCCUGAGCAGGAGGGACCAAAUGCCAAGAGCCUGGACUUCUGGCACAAGCUCAUUGCCCUUAUAGUGUCCAUGAUAGAGGAGGACAAGAACAGCUACACGCCAGUAUUAAACCAGUUUCCUCAAGAGGUAAAUGUGGGCCAGGUCAGUGCGUCCAUGAUGUGGUGUCUAUUUUCUCAAGACUUGUGCUAUGCAUUACAAGAACAUGAGAAGGAGAGGUCAUGUAUCAGCUCUGAGUACAUGAAUCUUCACUUUAAAGUCAAGUGGCUGUACUACCAGUAUAUUGCUGAUGUGCCUCCAGUCAAAGGGACAGUUCCCGAGUACCCACAGUGGUUUGAACCAUUUGUGAUGCAGUGGCUCAAUGAGAAUGAUGAUGUGUCCAUGGAGUAUCUACAUGGUGCUUAUGAUAGGGAUAAGAAAGAUGGGUUCCAGAAGAGUUCCGAGCACGCCCUCUUUUCGACGUCUGUGGUGGACGUGUUUACGCAGCUCAACCAGUGCUUUGAUGUGAUAAAAAAGUUGGAGUGUCCCGACCCUGAGAUUGUUAAACGUUACAUGAAACGCUUUGCAAAGACUGUAAAUAAAGUUCUCCUGGCCUAUGCAGAUAUUGUACGGAGAGAUUUUGAAAAAUACACUGGGCAGGCAGAAAGAGGUGCUUGUAUAUUAAUGAACAAUAUCCAACAGUUAAGAGUUCAACUGGAGAAGGUGUUUGAAUCCAUGGGGGGAGAAAAGUUGGACGCUGAUGCAGCAGAUAUUUUGAAGGAAUUGCAGCAGAAGUUGAACGGAGUAUUGGAUGAGCUCAGCACCAUUUUUGCAAAGAGCUUGGAACCUCAGAUCCAAGCAAGUAUGCAAGAACUAGGUCAACUCCUGUCAAAGGUCAAGGGGGCGGGGCAAGUGUCGCUCAGCCAACCAAGUCAAAGGUCAAAUAUCCAGCAAGAAUCAGAUAUGGUGCUGCGCCCUCUUAUGGAUCUUCUGGAUGGAAGGGAUGAAGAUAAUGAUUUGAAAUCAAAGUUACGACAAAAGUUAACCCGAGAGUCAGAUGACUUUCUAGGUCAGACGAUCAUUGAGGUGCGAACAUUGAGUGGAGAGAUGGAUGUCUGGUACAAUUUGGAGAAACGGACGGACAAAUCUGCUGUAUCUGGUGCUAUUAGAUUACAUAUUAGUGUGGAGAUAAAGGGUGAGGAAAAAGUGGCCCCUUAUCAUGUACAGUACACAUGUUUACAUGAGAACCUGUUCCAUUAUUUAGCAGAGCUGUCUGGAGGCACAGUCAAGUUACCGGAUGCUAAAGGAGAUGAAGCCUGGAAAGUCUAUUUUGAUGAGCCUUCACAAGAAAUUGUGGACGAGUUUGCCAUGCGAUAUGGGAUAGAAUCUAUUUAUCAAGCCAUGACUCACUUUUCAUGUCUCUCCACAAAGUACAUGUGUCCUGGAGUGCCUGCGGUGAUGAGUACAUUAUUAGCUAAUAUAAAUGCCUUCUAUGCACAUACGACUGCAACCACUGCCGUGUCAGCCAGUGAUCGGUUCUCCGCCUCAAACUUUGGGAAAGAGAAGUUUGUGAAGUUGCUGGAUCAGCUUCAUAACUCCUUACGAAUAGACCUGUCUUUGUAUCGGAACAACUUCCCAGCCUCCGAUCCAGCGCGGCUUCAAGACCUGAAGUCAACAGUGGACCUUCUCACUAGCAUAACCUUCUUUAGAAUGAAGGUACAGGAACUGACCAGUCCGCCGCGUGCUAGCACAGUGGUCAAGGACUGUGUGAUAGCCUGUAUGAAGUCCACUUACCAGUUUCUGUUUGACAACUGCUAUGAGAUGUAUCAGCGUGAGUACCAGACAGAUCCUUCAGAGUUGCCUAACCCUGAGCAGGAGGGACCAAAUGCCAAGAGCCUGGACUUCUGGCACAAGCUCAUUGCCCUUAUAGUGUCCAUGAUAGAGGAGGACAAGAACAGCUACACGCCAGUAUUAAACCAGUUUCCUCAAGAGUUAAAUGUGGGCCAGGUCAGUGCGUCCAUGAUGUGGUGUCUAUUUUCUCAAGACUUGUGCUAUGCAUUACAAGAACAUGAGAAGGAGCGGUCAUGUAUCAGCUCUGAGUACAUGAAUCUUCACUUUAAAGUCAAGUGGCUGUACUACCAGUAUAUUGCUGAUGUGCCUCCAGUCAAAGGAACAGUUCCCGAGUACCCACAGUGGUUUGAACCAUUUGUGAUGCAGUGGCUCAAUGAGAAUGAUGAUGUGUCCAUGGAGUAUCUACAUGGUGCUUAUGAUAGGGAUAAGAAAGAUGGGUUCCAGAAGAGUUCCGAGCACGCCCUCUUUUCGACGUCUGUGGUGGACGUGUUUACGCAGCUCAACCAGUGCUUUGAUGUGAUAAAAAAGUUGGAGUGUCCCGACCCUGAGAUUGUUAAACGUUACAUGAAACGCUUUGCAAAGACUGUAAAUAAAGUUCUCCUGGCCUAUGCAGAUAUUGUACGGAGAGAUUUUGAAAAAUACACUGGCAGGCAGAAAGAGGCUUGUAUAUUAAUGAACAAUAUCCAACAGUUAAGAGUUCAACUGGAGAAGGUGUUUGAAUCCAUGGGGGGAGAAAAGUUGGACGCUGAUGCAGCAGAUAUUUUGAAGGAAUUGCAGCAGAAGUUGAACGGAGUAUUGGAUGAGCUCAGCACCAUUUUUGCAAAGAGCUUGGAACCUCAGAUCCAAGCAAGUAUGCAAGAACUAGGUCAACUCCUGUCAAAGGUCAAGGGGGCGGGGCAAGUGUCGCUCAGCCAACCAAGUCAAAGGUCAAAUAUCCAGCAAGAAUCAGAUAUGGUGCUGCGCCCUCUUAUGGAUCUUCUGGAUGGAAGCUUGUCCAUGUUUGCUCAAGUCUGUGAAAAGACCGUUUUGAAACGGUUGCUCAAGGAACUCUGGAGGAUAGUGAUGCAUACCAUGGAGAAAACUGUUGUUCUUCCACCUUUAUCUGACCCUAGACAGUUCUUACCCUUUGCUGGUAAGGGUGCUAAUUUUGACGAAAUGUCCAAGUUUUUCCUCUUCAACAGUGAUAUGUCAAGAGAAGCGGAGAAAAACUUAAGUCCUAAGCAGUGUGCGGUGCUAGACAUGGCAUUGGACACAAUCAAACAGUACUUCCAUGCGGGUGGCCAGGGCUUGAAGAAGACAUUCCUGGAUAAGAGUCCUGAACUGCAGUCGCUGCGCUACGCGCUGUCCUUGUAUACACAGACUACAGACACGCUGAUCAAGACCUUUGUCAGUACACAGACGCAGCAAGACCAACCUAGUAUAGAGGACCCUGUAGGUGAAGUCUCCAUACAAGUGGAUCUGUUCACACACCCAGGUACAGGAGAGCACAAGGUCACUGUCAAAGUUGUUGCAGCUAAUGACCUCAAAUGGCAGACUGCCAGCAUGUUUCGACCAUUUGUGGAGGUCAUUUUGAUUGGCCCACAUCUUAGCGACAAGAAGAGAAAACAUUCAACAAAAUCCAAAAGUAACAACUGGUCGCCAAAAUUCAACGAAACCUUCCACUUCAUCCUGGGAAAUGAAGAUGAGCCUGAUGCGUACGAGCUGCAUAUCUGCGUGAAGGAUUACUGCUUUGCCCGAGAGGACCGGCUGAUCGGGGUGGCUGUCAUGCAGCUGCGCGACAUCGUGGAACAAGGCAGCUGCGCAUGCUGGUGUCACCUGGGAAGGCGUGUUCAUCUGGACGAAACCGGCUGGACGAUUCUGCGGAUUUUGUCCCAGAGGACAAACGACGAAGUUGCGAAAGAAUUUGUGAAGUUAAAGUCUGAAUGUCGCCAUCCGGAGGAAAUCAGUUGAGGUGUUAAUUCAAGCUUGGUAGAUUCCACUAUUAUGUAGGGUCUUGAGCUUGUCCCUUCUCCUCUGCCCCUCACCCUCCAUUCCAGAUACACAGUGCACAGUGUACUGCAAUGGUUGCAGUUGCAAGUGUUGGGAUUACAAAAGCUUACUGGUAUGUAUGUUGCAAAACAUUUGACAUAUUGAAACAAUCGAAAUGGUAACUUACUCGAUAUGAGUGCAAGCAAGUUGUACCUAGCAAUGUUACAAUGUUUCACGUACAUGUCAUACAGGUACAUCAACAUGCCGAUUCAAUCAUUUCAAAACCACAGAUGAAUUUUCUUUAUGGUUUGGUUUAUGUGCAUAAGCUGGAAAUAUGCUUUAUACAAUUGUAUAAGUACAUGUAGGUAUAAUAGUUUUGUUUUUCAAGGUGAAGUGUUUGAUUUAUAUAGUUGAAUGAGGACAUAAGUAUCUCUCCAUGAACAUGAUCAAAUUAGAUAUAGUUCCUCAACUUCCUAUAUGAACCUGAACACUGCUCAACAGUUAUCAUACCAGCUAUAGGCAUGCAUAUGUUGUGCGAAGAAAUCUGAUACCACUACCACAAAUUUUCGUGUACUUAUUUUCUUUUUAAGUUUGGCCUGUAAAAUUAGUAAGUGUGCUUUCAGAAGCACACAACGGCCUUAAAAUGGUACUUUUGAUGUCAGCGAGUUUUUUCUGAUAGCAAAUUGAUCAGACACAAACAACUCGUUAAAUGGCCCUGUCAGGUGGAUGAAUCGAUGAGAAUCAUGCAAAUGUGAUGCAUGAAAAAAAAGGUGAAAGUUUAGGUGAAAUACGGUGAUCUACACACGGUGAUUUUUGCUAAAAGAUUGUUAGCUAAAAGAAAGAAUGUUAGCUAAAAGAAUGUUGGCUAAAAGAAUGUUAGUGAUAAAAAUGUAUGAAGUCACAGGACAGUAACAGCUGCUUUAGACAAAUAAACUGACUGAUGGUCUGAGAGAAUAUUCAGCUUGACAACAAACUGGGCGUUAUGUCAGACAAUUAAGGAAUUCUAAACUGCUUGGUCCAAAAUAUACCGUUCUCUUACCUGUUUAGUUCUUUGGAGAGCUAUUUACUGAUUCAUAUAGUCGGAUGAAAAUCCUAAAAGUGCCCAAUUGUUUUAAUAUAAACUACAGGGCUUUGCAAUGUGUGGAGACAAGUGUGCGUCUAAAAAAUUGCCAUAUUCUGAUUUUGAUGAUAAUAUGAACUGAAUCUCCAAUCGCAUCAUCAGGGUAAGGUAACCGCAGAUUAGAAAAACACAAAAAAAGGCUACUAUUUAUUUUAUAAGCUUUUCACUUAAUGACUUCCUGUAAGUACUUAGAUUGCUCACAAAAUGAAUGUUUUUAGUGAUCUUAUAUGUAUAUGUUUUGCUUUCUUUUUUUUUGUCGACAGUUUAAUUUUCUUGAGAACUUGAUUGGCCAAAGUAGUGGAGUGUCCAGGGGUCAUAUGUACAAAGCAUGGUUUGUUCUGUCUCGUACGACUCUUGUACAUUUCGGUGAAGAUCAUGCCAAAGCUUCAGUUUUGUAUAAAAACGACUUAUUUUUGGUGGUAAGCAGCAUAUGGUUCACCUUACCCAACAUCAUUCAUAUGUGUGAAAUGUUUUAAUAAUAAUUUAUGACUUUAGACUACCAUUCUUAAUAUUUAAGAAAAUCAUUUUCACACAGUUUGGCAUAUUCCUUAUCAUGUUAGUCAUUUUAAAAAGUGAUGUGAACUUUUUUCCUUGUUCAUGUAAGUGUGUAAAUUUUGAAGGAUCUCAUUUUGACAUCUUCUAGCCAAAGUUUAUUUGCAUAUAAGCACAAGCAGACAAACAAUGUUUAUUUAGUGACAAAGUUUACAGAGAUGUUUACGUACUAAUCUAAUAGUUUUGCUGUAUUAGCUCCUUCACAAUGGCACAGUGGUGAUAUUCAGCCUGUAACAAAGGGAGGCAAUUCUGUAUUUAAGGGUCUAACAGUGGAGCCUUAACCUAUUUCAACAAGGUAUUAAAAAUACUGUACGCUAAGUAUCUCACAUUGUUAUUACGUUGGAUAAUGGAUUUGUUUUAUCUCAGUUUGUUCCAUACAUGAAAAAUUACUCAUGUACGGGUAUGUAUAUGUUAUUAUUAUUAUUUUUUUUUGUCACAAUUGGUCAUUUUCACAAAGACAUUAAACAUUUUAAUGGUUGCAUCAUAUACUUGUAGAUGCAAAUGGAGUAUUUCAUUUGGCAACCAGUGUACAAAUAUGUAUGUUUGGUAGCUGAAAUGCAAGGUACCCAGGAAAGUUUGCCAUAUUUUGCUUUAUUCUUUUAUUAUAUCACAGGUUAUAAAUUUGCUUGAUGGAACCUAAUCCCUGCAAUGCUACGACAUAUGUUUGGUGUGUUCACAAGAUCUGGCAGACAUGCAGACUUGACAUACAUGUAUAUGUGGUGAGGAAUGUGCUGCUUUGUCCACUCAGUGUAUGUCCGUUCAUACGGAUAGUGUACUAACAAACUGUAUCCUGCAGUGUGUUAGACCUACAUCCUGCGCUGUAUUAGGCCUGUAUCCCAAAAUUUCAAAUUUUUCCUUGUCACAUACAUUUAAAGGCCACACAGAUCUGGUAAUGAAAGCUUAAAAGUGUUUUGUAGAUGAAGGGUAACUUUUGAUUUCUAACUUUUGUAAGUCUUUAGGGUCACUAUUUUUUCCUUUUUUUUUUAAGUUGUAAAUAUGUGCAUUAUUGAACUACAGAUUAAUGAUAUCUAAAACUUUUUUUUUUUGUAACAUAUAGUUUUUCCUUUGAUUGUAUAUAUAACAGUGCUCAAUCUGUUGUGGGCAUUCCAGCUUGUUGAAUUUACACGUAUGAUACAGCGAGACAUUUAUUCGCUCUAUAUAGAGAUGUUUCUUGUUGGUAUAUGAAGAUUUUCUUCUUUGUUUUACCAGAUGCUGAUUGUUAUAGGCACUAUGUACAUUAACGUGUAUAUAUAGUUUAUUUUACUUCACCUCACAUCAUCAUUGCUGUAAUAUAUAACUAUAACUAUAUUUAACAAGAUGUACAUAUACCUAAGU